AUGGACCCUUUGUCAAUAAUAGCCAGCAUCGCAGGCAUAGCGUCAGCUGGCGCUCAGCUCUCCAAUACUCUAUUCAGACUUUAUAAGACCGUGAGGAAUGCACCCAAGGAGAUCCAAUCUGUCGCCAUUGAGAUGUCUGGCUUGACUGUGACCCUCGAGCAUUUAUGCGAUAUCAUCAGAACGGGGCAAUCAUAUGCAAAGCCACAGUUUUGCGAUGCUGUUCGACAUGUUGUUAAGAAUAUCCAGGUGACGCAGCAAGAAGUCUCAGAGAUGGCAACUGAUGAGAGCGUCUUGAGGAGGGUUAAGUGGCGCAAGGCUGCGAAGUUGCUGUCGGAUAUCGAUAAACACAAGGUCACAUUGACCCUGCAAAUUACGAUUCUUUCGGCGGCUGUCUUGGUCAAGUCCACCAGCGGCCGUCUACCAAUACAAGAGAAAGUGGAAAACAGAUUCAAGGCCCAAGCCGAGAGCCUUAUCCUGGCUGGUCAAGCUUCGCUCCAGAAUGAUGAAUCAGAGCCAAUUCCAGACCCUCCUCAAGAAAGAGCACCAAGUCCACCAGUUCGCACAAGCAAAAGACUACCAAGUCCCGUGCGUGAGUCUGAGAUCCCUGGACACGUACGGACCGAGGAGCUCUACGGCCAAAACAAGAAUUCUGAAGACAACGCAUUUCUUUCUGCAAGUGAGAAAGAAGAGGUCCAUUCAGCACUUGCGCUAAGUGUAAAGGAUCCAAUACGUCCAGAAAGACGCUAUACCGUUCCUGCGAUCGAUGAUAAAGAUGAAGAACGCAUCUCUUCAGAAGACGAAGUAAGGGUUUACCGACGUCGCAGAAGGUCGGGGUUUGAUCCACUAUCUGGUGGUAGCAUCGCGCAGUUUGGACCUGAUUUCCACCGACGCGGCGAUGCAGCUACGUUUCUUUACAACCUUGUAUUUCUCAACGAGAUACCAGUGAAAGGAGCACCAGAUCAGAGCUCAUAUAUGAGAGACACUGGAAGCGACGAAAAGAUAGAAGUGCGGUACCAACAUCGACAUUCGGAUGAUUCCGAUGACUCUGAACACAAUGGGGGUCGUCGGGAGAGAGUGAGAUUCCGAGACCCCAAGCCUCAAGAACCAGGAAGGAUUGUCAAUCGACUUCUUUUGGCUUGGACAUCACUGAGCGAGAGCGAGGUUGAGAAGGGGAAAGCGGAUAAUCAGCCUGAUAAAAGUAGGGCAUUUGGAGAAAGUGACAGCUCCGACAGUGAAGAGUCGCUUUACGGGCCUGAGGACCCAGAGAAAACCUGGAGAAAAGUAAGUAAUCCAAAAUUACCGGUAGUAACAGCUCGCAAUAGGUUCCUAAGAGAAGAUAUCAAGUACAACAAUCUGCCGGAGUUUGAUCCUCGUGGUCGCAGAAUACUCAGGCCGGCGCGAAGCAGGACACCUACCUUGGGAUAUACGAAUGCACCCCCUCGAAAUAAUGGCCCUUCACCAGCAUCGGAAGAACCAACUAUGCCAUACCAGAAUGGCGGCUACGGCCAACCGUACGGUCAGGCUCGAAAUCCUUAUGCACCGUCUUACAAAUCUCCGGACCAGUCAAACUGGAUGCCUGGUGCAUCAAACCCCUCUCAUAGAUAUCCUUUCCCAUCAUCAUCAGGAGAGACAUAUCCCCCCCCCACCAACUCAACAAAAUCAGCGAGAACAAAGUUCCAAAAACCUAAUUUUGUUGUUCUACCACAAGCAGAUUCUACAGACUCUGAGGCUGGGCCAAUGACUCCCAAGCUUGAUCUCACAUCUGUUAACCUAGGUAUCAUGAGGCAAGGCGAUGAGCCCAUUUGGGACUGUGAUGCAUUCAUGUCUGAGAAAGGAUAUCCAGGGAGAGCGAUCAUGGGAGCGCUUGUUGGCGAUAAAUCUGCUAGAAAUCCUCAUGGAUUGGAUUUGGCACAUACAUUAAUAAGAGGGCAGGGUUUGAAGCUUGUGUAUAUCCGAGGCAACGACCUUGGUGAAACAUGGUUCAUCAAUGAACAGCCCAUCUUCUUGCAGUUCCUGCAUUCUGGGUAUUUACCUCAGUUCUACCCAGCAAAGGAGACUGAUGAGAGAGCCAUGAAGGAAGAUUACUUGGCUAUUGGAGAAGAAUGGGCCAGCUUUGAAGCUCUACAACAGCUUGGAUUAAUUGUUAAGAGACGAGAAGAAGGGCGUGUCCUAUUGGAACCUAGCACGACAUGGGCAAGUAAUCAGCUUCAUAAAGAUUUAGACUUCAUCGCUAACUUAAGCAAGUCCAUGAUUAAAGAGCUUGCUACGACGACACUUCAGCUGAGAAGCAUGCGACAGAGACGCACUUUCACUUCGACUUUCUAUAAGCCUAUAUCUGUGUUUCGACAGAAACAUAGAGUUAAAGUACCCCCACUUAUCGCGACGAUGGAGUCUAAAACUCAAGAUUCUGCUGCUCCAGAUAGACGUGCAACGGUCGAAGAUGAAAGCGAAGUUGACAUCGUCGAGUUGCCGAUCAACGAAGAGCCCAAAAAGACACCAGAAUCAACCGCAGAAGCCCAAAGCGAGACAGGCCCUGUCGCACUUCAACCACAAAUUUCCAUCACCCCACCAUCAACACCACAGCAGACUUCGCCUGACUAUUUGGACACAAGCGAGGUAGCAUCACAUGUUUCUUCAGGGUCGCGCUUGUCUAGGUUUGUGAGGCGUUACAAACUAGGAGGGAAAAAGGACCUGUCUUUACCUCUGCAUCGACAGAGCUCAAAGAUUAGCGGACACGGAAAUGAGAUUACUGAGUGGCAGGAUGAUGAUAAAAGGCCCCUGACACCGACGGACUCGGGUGUCGGAAGCUCUAUUGUCUCGGGGCGAUAA